AUGGACGAUUCCUCCUCCUCAGCUGCUUAUAUCCAUAUGGUGCAUCAUUUGAUAGAGGAGUGUAUCCUAUUCAACAUGAGUAAAGAGGAAAGCAUGGAAGCUCUUUCCAAACAUGCAAAUAUCAAACCGAUUAUUACCGCCACUGUGUGGAAGGAGUUAGAGAAGGAAAACAAGGAGUUCUUUGAGGUCUACUCGAGAAGCAUAGCAGAAAGCUCUUCAAAGACAGAAACAGCGGAAAAGAUAAACAAGAAUACUUCAGAAUCAGAUUCUUCCAACGAGCGAGUUUAG